UAUAAAAAUUUUAUAAGGAGUUUUAUAGGGAACUUUUAUAAUAUUAUUCACUCAUGAAAGUUUUUGAUUCAUAUUUGGUAUUAUUGAUACACUGAAUAUUGUAAUAUGAUUUUGUAAUUGUAAAAUAUGUUUAACGUGUAAAAUAAGUUUGAGUUUACUCAAAAAAUCUUUGUACUUAUAUAACAUAAAACAACGUGAUAUAUAUAUAUACACAAAAUAUUAAAGUAAUGUGUAAUUAAUAGAUAUUAAACUUAGAGAUUAUUAAAAAUUUCUUUUUCUAAAGAAAUAAAAACAUGUCUAAUAUUUAGAAUAUUACAUUAUAUAGAUUGAAAUUUUAUCUAUUUAGCAUAUUAGUAGGCAAAUUUAUGAUUAUAGCAAUUCUUUACAUGACUUCUCAAUCAUUACCGUGAUUAUUCGGAAGAAUUAUUUUUUAAAGAACAUUUGAAUGUAAUCAUAGAAUAUUAAAAUGAUUAUAUAUGUAAAAAAUUUGAUUUUACCUUUGUCACGGUCAAAUAUGAUAAAUUUGACAUCAGUUCGUCAUAUAAAUGCAAUGGUUAAAACAGAUUCUGUAAAAUCUUUAUUUUAUAAAGAAUAUGGAGAACCUGCAGAUGUUUUACAUGUUACAACACAACCUAUUAAUCAACCAGAAAAUAAUGAGGUUUCUGUAAAAUGGUUAUUAGCACCUGUUAACCCAGCAGACAUAAACACAAUACAAGGUAAAUAUCCAAGUAAACCACCUUUACCAGCUAUUCCAGGAAAUGAAGGAGUAGGUGAAGUAAUAGCUAUUGGAUCCAAUGUAAAACAUUUAAGUGUUGGUGAUAGAGUUAUACCAAAUGGCACAAAUUUAGGAACAUGGAGAACAUAUGCAAAUUAUACUUCAGAAGAACUUAUGAAAGUUCCAAAAGAAAUUGGUACUAUAGAAGCUAGUAUGUUAAAUGUAAAUCCAUGUACUGCAUAUAGAAUGCUUAAAGAUUUUGUAGAAUUAAAACCUGGAGAUACUAUAAUUCAAAAUGGUGGAAAUUCAGCUGUUGGACAAAUGGUUAUACAAUUAUGUAAAGUAUGGAAUUAUAAAUCUGUUAGUGUUGUACGAGAUAGACCAAAUAUACAAGAAUUAAAGAAUCAUUUAUCAAGUUUGGGUGCUGAUGAAAUUCUUACUGAGAAUGAAAUAAGAAAAACUCAAAUUUUUAAAAGUAAAAAAUUGCCUUCACCAAAAUUAGCUCUGAAUUGUGUAUGUGGACAAAAUGCAUUGGAAGUUUCAAGACAUUUAGCACAUGGAGGUAUUAUGAUAACUUAUGGUGGUAUGUCUAGAGAACCUUUAACAGUUCCAAUUUCUGCACUUAUUUUUAAGGAUAUAACAUUUAAAGGAUUUUGGAUGACAGCAUGGACAAAAAAAAAUAUGGAUUCUAUAGAGCGUCAAAAUAUGUUUCGUGAAUUAGGAGCAUUAUUUAAAAACAAAAAAUUAAAAGCUCCACUUCAUAAGUUAGUACCAUUUCAUCAAUAUCAAGAAGCUGUUAUAAAUGCAUUACAUACAGAUGGCCGAACUGGAGUAAAAUAUAUCUUGGAUAUGACUAAACCAUAAAGUAAAUUUUUUUUCUAGAUUGUAAUUUAACAAUUUUUUAAUGAUUGCAUUUUUAAUAUACUUAGUAUAUUAAAAAUUUUUAUUUAUUAAAAAUGAAUGUUAAUAUAUUUAAUGCCAAAAAUAUUAACUUUAUGAUGUUUGCUAUGAUACAUAUUUUGUAAUGAAUUUUUAAAUUAAAUUAAAUAUAUUUUUCAUUAAAACUACGAAAUAAUUUCAAAAUAAUUCAUUAUAAAUAGCAGAUAAUAAAAUUAAAUAAAGCUUAACUAUAUUUAUAAAAAAUGAACUAUUGUUUUACAUAAAAAAAAUAUUUAUUUGUGUGACAGAAUUUUUAUAUUUGCAUAAAUAUAAAGUUCAAAAAAAUUUGUAUGCAUUGUAUUAAUUAUACAAUGUAAUUGAAAAAUAGAUUAAAAUUAUUCCGUUUUAUCUAAUAAUUCCAACAAAUUUGUAUUAUGUUUUAUCUCUUCACAAUCAUUUUC